AGGUUUCUUUUUUUCUUCAAUCAAAUUUGUUCCGGAAAAUGAACUUCUUCUCAACAUUUCUCAGAAAGUUCAAGGCUCCAACCAAAAAAACUUCAAAUGCUGAACUUUCCGAAAAGAACAUCUGGAGUCACGACGAAAAGCCCCAAAAGGCACACAUCAAAAGUCUACCUAAAUUUACUGAGAAACGGAAAGUUCUUCGCCGACAAGCCCGAUUCAUUGGAUUCCAACGGGGCUUUUUCGAAACCCGGUGUCCACGAAAAGUUGCUUGUCUGAAAGUGAACAAGUCAACUCACAAGAAUCCGAAAACAAUCAGAUGCCUUCAAAAACAAAGAAGAAUUACUGAAUAUUUCAGAAAAGAGCUCUUUUGAAUUGUUUAUUUUUUAGCAUUUUUUUCACUGUUUCAUUGUGUCAUUAAUUACUUUUCAUUUUUGACCCAUCGUGUUAUAUGUGUGGUUUUCUUAUUCUAACAAGUUCACGGAAUAUUAAUUGAUUUCCCUACUUUUUUUAAAAAAUAUAAAUGUACUUUAAAAGGAA